AUGGAUUUCCGGGGGAAGAAGUACGAGCGGGGCAGCAACUGGUCGGACCCCGAGGUGGUGGAGCUGCUGCAGCUGUGGGCCGACGAGUCGGUGCAGAUGGAGCUGGAGAGCUGCCUGCGCAACCAGCAUGUCUUCAACCGCAUCGCAGAGGUGCUGCGGGAGAAGGGCAUCCACCGCACGGGGGACCAGUGCCGGGAGAAGAUCAAGAAGAUGAAGCUGGAGUACCGCCGCAUCAAGGACAACAACAACAAGGCGGCCCGGGGCGGGCGGACGUGGAAGUUUUACGACGCGAUGGACCGGGUGCUGACCAGCCGCCCCUCGCUGGCCUACAGCUCCCUCAGCAGUAGCAUGGCGCAGCAGGUGCUGCAGGGGACGAUGGUGGAGAGCUACCACCAUCAGUUUGCCGCCUCCGCGCUGCCCUUCGGACACUCGCAGCACCCCGAGCUGAUGGAGAUCAAAUGCGAGGAGGUGGACUCUGAUGAACGCUGCUUGACCCCAGAGCCUCCGCCGCCCAUGUCCUACCAGCAGGGCUCGCCUGACGAGCAUGAGUUGGAGCGAGCCUUCUUGGACAGGGCCCAGAAUGACUCUCCCAUCUCCAGGGUGGAGAUUCCCAUUGAGACCAGUGUCUCGCCAUCAGGUUUCAGUGAGCCAAACAUGGCCUCCUCCUCCCGGAUUCAAAGCGUUGGACCUCGACCUGGCUUCUCCACCUUGCACCGUCUGCGAAAGAAGCGGAAAGGUCAGCGAGUGAUGCCCCCCUGGAAGACCCUGACUUCUCAGCGGGCCAUGGAAGAGCGCUUUUUGCAGAUGGAGGAGCGGCGGUUGCAGCGGGAUCUGGAGGUAGAAGAGCGGCGAAUGCAGUUGGAGCAGCGGCGUUUUGAACUGGAGAGGGAGCAUGAAUUCCGCAUGUUCAAUGUUUUUGCUCAGAUGCUCAGCAUCUUAAAGCAGAGCAAUGGUGGCUCCUCUUCCUCUGUUGCAUUGCCCCGGGGCUUAGAUUUUGGCCAGGCGCUGUCUGAUAUUGCCGGAUUUGGAGGAGUUGACCUGCAAGAGGUGAGGGCCAUGCACCUAGGCCGACCCGUCUCUGAGAGGAGAUCCAACAUGUAUGGUUUCUGUAAUCCUGGUGAGUUCCAGAAAAGUCCCUACCUGUCUGCAAGAGGAAACAUUGCCAACAUCUUUCGUGGCUCCACAGAGGAGGGUUACAAGGCCUAUCAUGCUGACAAAUAUGAUGAAGACAAAAACCCCAAUGGGAUAAUUAAUUUUGGUACCAGUGAGAAUAAACUCUGCUUUGAUCUGAUGUCCAAGCGGCUGACACAGAGUGAUAUGAACCUCAUGGAGCCUCCCUUGCUGCAAUAUCCUGAUUGGAAAGGACAUAUGUUCUUACGGGAGGAAGUGGCUCGAUUUUUGACCUACUACUGCAAGGCCCCUGCACCUCUUAAGGCAGAAAAUGUGAUUGUGCUGAAUGGCUGCGGCUCUCUGUUUUCUGCAUUAGCUACAGUCCUCUGUGAUCCAGGGGAAGCUGUCUUGAUUGCCACACCCUUUUAUGGAGGUGUCACCCAAAGUGUGUUCCUGUAUGGCAAUGUCAAGCUGGUCUAUGCCUAUUUAGACAGUAAGAUCACUGGGACAAACACUCGGCCUUUUCAACUCACAGUGGACAAGCUAGAAAAGGCUUUGCAGGAUGCCCGGGCAGAGGGCAUUGCUGUAAAGGCCUUAAUUCUCCUGAAUCCCCAAAAUCCUCUAGGUGAUAUCUACUCACUUUCAGAGCUCCGUGACUAUCUGGACUUUGCGAAAAGGCAUGAGUUGCAUGUAGUAGUAGAUGAGAUCUACAUGCUGUCAGUUUUUGAUGAAUCAGCCACUUUCCACAGUGUUCUAGGGAUGGACAGAUUGCCUGAUCCACUGAGGACUCACGUGAUGUGGGGCAUAAGCAAGGAUUUUGCUGUCUCUGGAAUUCGGUUUGGCACUUUGUACACGGAGAACCAAGAUGUCGCCAAUGCUGUCGCCUCAUUGUGUUAUUUCCAUGGAGUUUGUGGGCCUGUCCAGCACAAAAUUGCACAGCUGCUCAGAGACAGAGACUGGAUCAAUCAAGUGUAUCUGCGGGCCAAUCAUGCUCGCCUAAAAGCUGCCCAUACCUAUGUGACAGAUGAACUGAAGACCCUUGGAGUUCCCUUCCUCAACCGCAAUGCAGGCUUCUUUGUCUGGAUUGAUUUUCGAAAGUACCUUAGGACAGGAACAUUUGAGGAGGAGAUGCUGCUUUGGCGACGCUUUCUCGAUAACAAAGUCCUGCUGUCCUGUGGCAAAGCCUUUGAGUGUAGUGAGCCCGGCUGGUUCCGCAUCAUCUUUGCUGACAAGACGCACCGACUUCAGUUAGGCAUGCAACGGAUUCGUAAGGUCCUGGAAGAGCGAGAACGUGAGAUAUUGGCUGAGGAAAGGGAUCAGCCCUGCCAAUCAGACCAAGAGGGUAAAGCAGACAGCACAGAUGAAGUCAUCUUUGUGUCCCGUCAUCAGGAACCAGGCUGUGCUGGUGGCUCUAAUCUUGGUGACCUCAUUGGCCUCCUGCAGCAGCAGAUGCGCUCAUCUGACUGGUUGCAGAAGAACACAGCAGAACAGUUUGCACAAGAGAAGCCAGAGAUCUAUGACGUUUUCAGUAAACUGGUGGGGAAGUAGUAGUGGCCUCUGUUCCUCCAUGUGGCACGUCUGAGCAGGGAUUGAUGCUGGGCCCUAAUUGCUUGGCAGUGACUUGAAGCAAAGGAGCUCUCUUCUGAAUAGCAAGGAAAUUGCUCUUUA